AUGGUGUUGCCGACAGUUCUGAAGAGACGACACUCUUUAAAAGGCGUGAGAUUGGUUCCCGUUAUAAAGAGAAUAAGGGCUGGACAGCCGGAAUCAUUGAAAGACUUUGCUAGAAUUAGCAAGGAUAUACGAACAGAUAAUUUAGAGAUAUCUGACAUUGAGAAGCAUGUAAGAGAAUUAACUGGUGAAGAAUUAGCUGAAAUAAUGGAGAUGGCUGGAAGAGAGAAUAAUGUAAGGGAGGCUAGAUGGGUUCUACACUCUUUGAUAAUAUUUGCUAAUGAAGUGGGACAACCAAAAGGGCAGGAGUUACAGGAGUCACCCGGUACUAGUUCACAAGAUACCUUGAAAAGGAAGAGAAGCGAAGAAGAGGACAAUGACGUAUCCCUGGAGGAAACGAAAUUGAAAUUGAAAUCAUUGGAGAAGUCCUCUGAAAAUGCAGUCUAUGAACUAAAAGACAAGGUGAGGUGUCUUUGUUUGCAAGAGGAUCCAAGUAUGUCUUAAAUUCUCCUUACCCUUGAGGAUCUUGCAAAGACCGCAAGGAAGGUUUCUCAUGAGGAGGCAGAAAUAUAUGAGGAGCUGUCAAGACAGGCAACUCGUUAUCAGACAAAACUAGAUAUCUCAAGUUUGUGUUUGUCUGUUUUGGGGGGCAAGGCUGCAGAUGCGAUAUCAAAAGCUAUUGCAAAGUGCUUGAAAGAGAAAUCAGAGUCUAAGAAUGAGUCAAAGAGAGUUGAGAAGAAAGAGGGUGAAAGUGGGUAUAGAAGAGAUGACACACCUGUAAAUCCUUUGAACAAUUUGUAUCCAUAUCAGACACCGAGUAUGAUGUAUCCUUCAGGAUAUUUUCCUGGUUUUCAGCAGUUUGGUGGAUCUGGAGGUUAUUAUGUAAAUCAGGGUUAUAGAUCUGGUAGGGCUAGUACAUUCCGUCAAGGUUUUAGACCUAGGGGAGCAUGUUUGUUCUGUGAGAGCACUACUCAUCAGGUGAAAGAUUGUGAGAAAAUGAAAGCAGCAAAAGGGAAAAUUGUAGGCAAAGGGAUUCUUCCUUUAAGUGUACUAUUGCUGGCUUGUUCUCAUUUAGUUAAUUGUUUUAUACAGAGGAAAAGUACCAACAGUCUACAAGAUGAAUGUACAUUUAUCAAAGUUCCAGACUGGGAAAUGGCCAGUGGAUUUAAUCCUGUAAAUGUUCAAGUCAGAGAUCAGCCAGCAUGGGUAACACUUGAAGGGGGAGUUCCUUUGCUUGCAAAUCACGUCCCUUCAGCUGAAGAUGUUCUUGGUGGUGGUGUACAAUUUGAUAUAAGACGUUUGCCAUUACGUGAUCCCAAGUAUUUUGUAUCUGGUCAACUGCAUGAAAAUCUCUCUUUUUGGGAGGACAUUAUUGACUCUAAAAUGUUAAAUGUUGAUGUUUUGCAAUGGCUUAAAAAUGGUGUAAAUAUUGAUGAAUUUUUUCGACAUUUUAAGGGAAAUUUUAAGGGUCAACAUUUUGAUUCUGAUAUCCCACCUAGACAAUAUUUUCAAAAUGCCAAUAGCUGCAAACAACAUAUUGAAUUUAUAGCACGAGAGUUGUGUGAGAGAAUUGCAUCUGGUUCAAUUAGAUUGUUAGGUAAGGUGGGUUGUUGUCAACCUCCAAAGGUCAUAAUGCCCCUGACAGUUGAGCCAUCAAAGCCAAGGUUAUGUCAUGAUGAAAGAUUUCUGAAUCUUUGGAUAAAAGAUCUACCUUUUAUGUUAGAUACUUUGAAAGAUAUUCAUAGCAUUGUGCAGAAAAACUCACUCAUGGCAACUUGUGAUGAAAAGUCUGGUUAUGAUCAUGUGAAAUUGACAGAGUCAUCUCGUCCAUAUUUUGGUAUCCAGUUUGGUGGCUAUUUGAUGGUUUAUAACACUCUUCCUUUUGGGUGGAAGGCAUCACCUUUUAUCUAUCAGACAGUGGGUAUGUGUGUUACGGCAUAUUUGAGGAAGCUUUCAGUUCAGAAUACUUUAUAUAUUGAUGAUCGUUUUGUUGUUUCAAGGGGAAGUGAUAGGGAUGAUGAUGAACUAGUUAUUAUGGAGGCAAGGAAACUAGUGUAUGUAAUGGUAGAAUUAUUGACGAGGUUAGGGUACACAUUGUCUCUUAGUAAAUGUUCAUUAGACCCAUCUACUUGUAAGAGAUAUCUUGGUUUUUUGGUUGAUUCUGUGAGGCAAGCUUAUAUACUUCCAGAAGAUAAAAAAACAAAAUUUAUUCAGUUGAGAGAAUCAAUUCUAUCAGGCAGUGAAGUUGAUUUGAGGACUUUGCAAAGAUUUUGUGGGAAAUGCAUUUCUAUGUGUUUAGCAGUUCCAGGUUGUAAACUUUUUUGUAGAGAACUUAAUGCUGCUAUUUCUGUUUGUCAACGAAAUAGUAAGAGUGCGAAAAUCUCAGAUUCAUUGAGAGAAGAAUUUGAGUAUUGGAGAUUUCUGGACACUUGGUCUGGUUGUUCAAAAUGGAGGUCUGAGUUCCAUAAAAGAAUAGAGUUGUAUACUGAUGCAUCGGGUUUUAGGUUUGGAGCAUCUGUUAAGUUAGAGAAUGGCUGUACUGUACUAGGUGAUUACUGGGAAAAUGAUGAUUGUAGGCCAAUUCAUGAAAAAGAAGCUGAUGCUGUUCUUAAAUCUUUGCAAUCUUUAAGUGCUGUUUUACAAGAUUCUAGGGUUGAAGUUUUGUCUGAUAACAUGGCAGUAAUAGGGUCUUGGAAAAAUCAAGGAGGAAAAUCGAGGCCAUUAAAUUGUAUUAUAAAGAAAAUUUUUGGGUUUGUUGUUGAAAAUAACAUUGAUUUAAAUUUGAUCUAUGUUCCUUCAGAUUUGAAUCUUGCUGAUGCACCUUCACGUUCUUUGAACUUGGCAGAUAGUAUGUUAAGUGAGAAGUCUUGGUCAGUGGUUGAGUCAUGUUUUGGCCCUCAUUCUGUGGACUUGAUGUCUUUGGAUUCUAAUGUUAUGAGAUCAGUAGAUGGUAAAGCUCUGAAACAUUUUACACCACGUCAUAUGCCUUUAUCAUCUGGAGUAAAUGUGUUUUGUCAGAAUGUUACUAGGGAGGAGAAUUUAUAUGUGUAUCCACCUUUUACUUUAAUACUUCCUGUACUGAAUUUCCUUGAAGAGCAGGGUGUUGUUUGCACUAUUGUUGUUCCGAAGAUGAAUCCUCUUCCUUUAUGGUGGCCAAAACUUUUAUCAUGUUCUAUUGGUUCAGUUUGUUUGGGGUUAAAGGGAGAAAAAGGGUGUGUUAGGAUACCUAGUAGGAAUGGUUUUGUUUUAGAUUCAGUUGGUUUAAGAUGGCCCUUAUUUGCAUAUCGAGUAUCAUUCAUGUAAUUUUGAAU